AUGACUCAGCCACUGCGUGCAAUUGUUGUUGGAGCGGGUCUCUCGGGGCUGGCAAUUGCGCAGGGAUUGAAAAAGAACGGAAUCGAUUAUGUCGUGGUUGACAAGGAGAGUGCGCCGCGAGAUAGAAACUGGGGGGUCACAAUUGCGUGGAGCCAUCCUUACCUGGAAGAAUUACUGCCAUCCGAAUUGUACGAACGACUACCAGAGUGCCAACCAGAUCCGAAGCUGGACUCCAAAGAAGCCGGCUGUGAGAGUGUGAUCAUUCGUGAUGGCGCCACCGGGCAGACCAUGGUAGAGCCACCUUUCCCGAGAGUGAGAAGGCUCAACAUCCAAAAAACGAGGAAGAUCUGGUCGGAAGGAGUCAACGUCAAGUAUGGAAAAGCCCUUACCAAUAUCGAAGUGACACCGGACGGGGUUGUUGCCCACUUCCAUGAUGGAACCUCUGAAGCUGGGUCAGUGCUUGUUGGCGCGGAUGGUGGUGGCUCAUGGGUACGGCCUUGGCUGUUGGGAGAUGCCGCCGCUGCUCGUGUCUUGCCUUACACCUUUGUCAAUUUCCCAUUCACCUAUACCGCUGAGAGGGCGCUGAAAAUGGACAAGAUGAUGCACCCUAUAGUUGACGUCGGCAUCCAUCCAAAAUCCAUGUACAUUGGGAUUUUCCUGCUUGAUAAGCCCGACCUUGACAAACCCGAGACAUGGAUCUUUUACAUCCUUGCAACGUGGCAGCGUCGGGAAGAGGACUACCAAGGGGAUCUGAAUAUGGUGGAUGAGCUGAAACGGAGGAUGGACGGUUGGGCCGAGCCGUACAAGUCAGCUGUUGAAUGGAUCUCAGACGGGAUUCGGGCCAAAGCCGUUCCCUUCCGGAUAUGGAGACCGACGAAGUGGAAUAAUCGUGGAGGAAGAGUGACUCUGUCAGGCGAUGCAGCUCACAGCAUGACGUUCCAUCGAGGUCAAGGAGCGAACAACGCGAUCCGAGACAGCGAGCGCUUCGUCAAAGCAAUGAUAGCCGCGAGGAACGGAGAGAAAACUCUCGUAGAGGCGGUCAACGACUAUGAUGAAGAUGUGAUCACUCGUGGUAGCGAAGAAGUCGAGGUCUCGAGGAUUCAGACCGAUGCCUUGCACGACCAUGCGAAUUUCUUCAACAGUCCGAUCAUGAAGCAUGGCAUCAAGCCGACUCUCGACAUUGACAAUCUCAAGGGCGCUGCCGCGCAAAAGCCGUGA